CCGCGAGUUCCGUCGGUCGGCGGCGCGCAGGCGCAAGGCUCCCGGCGCGGAGACGGAGGUGGUUCGGGCCUACCCCCGCACCCCCACCCCGAGCGAGGGGGCCUUGGGCGCGGCGGUGGCCGUAGAGUCGAAGCGACGCUCCGCGGAGGGGCCAGGGAAGGCUCGGGCCUCGCCCCUGAGCGGUCGGGACACGAGUCCCCGCAGUGUGCCUGUGUGCGGAUGGUGGGACAGGUGGCGACCGGUGGCCCCAGAUCUCUGUCCCUGCACUGCCUGAGGCCCCCGCCAUGGCCCAGCAGAGAGCCCUGCCGCAGAGCAAGGAGACACUGUUGCAGUCUUACAACAAGCGGCUCAAGGACGACAUCAAGUCCAUCAUGGACAACUUCACCGAGAUCAUCAAAACUGCCAAGAUCGAGGACGAGACUCAAGUGUCGAGGGCCACUCAGGGCGAGCAGGACAAUUACGAGAUGCACGUGCGAGCUGCCAACAUCGUCCGAGCCGGCGAGUCCCUGAUGAAACUGGUGUCUGACCUCAAGCAGUUUCUCAUCCUCAAUGACUUCCCAUCGGUGAACGAGGCCAUCGACCAGCGCAACCAGCAGCUGCGAGCCCUGCAGGAAGAGUGUGACCGGAAGCUCAUCGCCCUGCGGGAUGAGAUCUCCAUUGACCUGUACGAGCUGGAGGAGGAGUAUUACUCGUCCAGCUCAAGUCUUUGCGAAGCUAAUGACCUGCCUCUGUGCGAAGCUUACUGGAGGCUGGACCUCGACACAGACUCUGCUGAUGGCCUCUCAGCCCCUGUGCUGGCGUCCCCGGAGCCCAGCGCUGGCCCCCUGCAGGCUGCAGCCCCUGCCCACUCCCAUGCCACUGGCCCCGGCCCCACAGAGCACGCCUGAGCCUCCCAGGGCUCCCCUCCCUGCAACCCUAGGUUCUUAAGUCUGCUGUGGCCUCCUUGGGACCUUCAGCCCAGGGACAGCACCCCCCAGAGUGUUGGGGAAAAUACUGCCCUCAACCGUUUCCAAGGUAGCCCGUCCCUCGGAGAUGCCACGUCUGUUCACUGCCCACCUGGCCUGCUGGGCAGACGUUUCCUAGACAGCGUGUCCAGGCCAAUAGUGGGGCAGGAGGACGUCCUGCUAUGUACAAGCCACAGGGUGGCACUCAGUGGACAGUACUGGCCAAGUCCACGCUCCACCCUCCGGUCUCCUGUGCAGAGAUGCACCUGCUGCUUUGUCCUGAGGGCCCCUGGUAGCUGACCGUCCCCGCAGGGUUGUGGUGGGGAGAGGGGUGCUGAGAGCAAGGGAUCUUCCUCACUCUGCCACACACAUUCCGGUGGGUUUUGUAACAAGACAGUUGAAUAAAAACAGCACUGCCAUCUUGCA